AUGCAAGUACCUCAAACUGAUUUAGUGAAAUUCCGCCUCUGCUGUACUAAAGGGUUCAUUGAUGAUGGGGUGUGGUGGGAUGUGAUGAAGCUGGAAGGCUCAUCAGAAUCUCGGCUGCCAGAUUGCAGUGAUGCAGAUCAAGCAGUAGAAGCUGAGAAGAAGCGGGAUGUGAAAAUCUACAUCCCCUACGAGUCAGCUGAACUCUGUGUCUCUCAGAUAGCUGAAGACAUGGAAGCAAUGAAGAGGAGACACUUGGAAAUGGUUCAGGAGCUGGAAGAGAACUUCCAGAUCACAGCACGGGAAAACCAGGAAUGGACCGUGCAGAAGAUCAGAUCUCAUUACCAGAACAAGUUAAACACUCUGCGGAGAUUCCUGCACCUCUACCAGGAGAAGGUGGAGAAGAAGAAGGCUGACUGGGAGAAGAAAGUUGUGGGUUUGAUGGCACAAAACCAGCAGCUGCUGGAGGAGCAGAGAGCUGAGAGGAGGAGGAGUAAAGAGGAGGCCUUGCAGUGGCACAGAGAGAAGAGCAAAAUACUGGAACUGUUCUCCAACAGGCUGGACGUCCUGCAUAGUCACCAGGCCUCCACUUUGCAGGAGCUGCAGAUGGCCAGACAGGAAAUAGGGAAAGUCCAAGAAAUGUUGAUGGUGUCGACACAGGAGCAGCAGGAAGCUGCAGAGGAAGGUGAAAGCUCAGAGGAAAAAGGACUUUCAGCAGAACAACAGACUGCGGCCUGCACUGAUUCAGAUCGGCCUCUGGAGGGGGCUAAAGCCCGUCUAGAGGAGCUGAAGGAGAGCCUGUACCAGAGGGAGCGGGAGAUCACUGAGCUGCUGGAGGCAGAGAGGAGCCCCAUCCCUCCGCUCCCUCAGCCCCCCUGCAGCCUUCUGCUGCCCGCUGUCAUACACAAGGCUCAUGCAGUUUGCAGAUCAGUGCCUGAAACCAAAGCCAUUUUAGACCAGAUGAUUGAGGAGAAUCGGGCUGCUCUGAUUGAAGCCAGAAACAAACUGCAGAUGGCUAAAGAAGAAGGCAGUGACAGAGAGACAGCCACUGACCAGGAAGGGUCAGAUGAAUAUGAGUCAAGACUGUCUCUCUUAGAAGAAACAGUGAGAGAGUAUGAAGUCUGCCAAAUUGCUUUAGACUGCAUCAAAAGUGGAGAAAGUUCUGUAGCGAAUGACUCUGCAAUCUCUGAACUGGAGGGUAUCCUGGGACAAGACACAGUCCAAACCACAGAUGUCGGUCAGCAGCUUCUUUUAUUGCAGGAUCAGCUGAAGCAGGAAAAAGUAGAGAAAAAGAAAAUAACUGAGAACUACACUUCAGAGAGGACAAUGAGGAAAAAAUAUUACAACAUGGUGGAAGACAUGAAAGGCAAAAUUAGAGUAUUUUGUAGGAUCCGACCUGCGAACCGAAACGAGGCUGCGCAGGGAGGAGUCAUUGUUGUGGAUAAAAUUGACGAGUUCUCUGUCACCAUAGAUACCCCACGUGGGCAGAGAGAGUUUCAGUUUGACAAGGUGUUCAGUGCUGAAGCCUCUCAGGAAGACUUGUUUCAUGACACCAACAGGCUUAUCCAGUCAACUAUCGAUGGUUACAACGUCUGUAUCUUUGCGUAUGGCCAGACAGGCUCAGGAAAGACCUUCACUAUGGUGGGGGACAAGGAACAGAAGAACCCCGGGCUCAUGCCAAGAUCUUUUAAUGCCAUUUUUGACAUCAUACGGGAGAACAGCUCUAAAUUUGACUUCAAGGUUUCGGCCUAUAUGCUGGAACUGUACAACGACAGGUUGCAGGACCUCUUUGUGAGCCAGGCUGGUGAGGCCCAUGCACAGACUCAGUCCCAUGGCCAGGCCAGGCGGGUGGAGAUCAAGAGGAACAGAAAGGGGGUUGUGUUCGCCCAAGGAGCAGAGACAAAGGAGGCUUCCAGUGCCCAGGAGCUCUACGCUCUGUUCCAGCAGGCCUGCGCCAACCGACACAUCUCUGCCACCAAGAUGAAUGUGGAGAGUUCCCGUUCCCAUCUCAUUGUUGGCAUCAGAGUGGAGAGUAAGAAUCUGACUAAUGGGAGUGUGAGCACUGGGAAGCUGAGCCUGGUGGACCUGGCAGGCAGUGAGAGAGCAGCCAAGACUGGUGCCAAGGACCACCAGCUCAAGGAGGCCAACUCCAUUAACAAGUCCCUGAGUGCCCUGGGUGACGUGAUCUCAGCCUUAUCUGCCGAACUGCCUCAUGUACCGUACAGGAAUAGUAAGCUGACACAGGUGAUGCAGGACUCAUUGGGUGGAAACGCCAAAACUCUCAUGAUCGUCAACAUCUCUCCCUCAGAAUGCAAUCUUGAUGAGACACUCACAUCUCUCGUCUACGCAACCAGAGUGAAGGCCAUAACCAACAAUGCUCAGAGAAACGUGGAAAGCAAAGAGAUUGCCCAGCUGAAAGAGGUGAUCAUGAAGCUGAAAUCUGGACAGUCAGUGGAAGACGUGGAUGUUUGAACUGUACUUUAAUGCAUGGGUCAAUAUAUAAUUGUGGAACUUUUUGUAACAUUGUUGGCAGGUAUCAUAGUUGACAUUUUGCUGUUUUCAGGCCUAAAAUCAACGUGGCCGCCUAUAACCAAACACCACAUGGCAUUUUUAGAGAAGGAUUCUUCUAAAAUAUUAUAUAUACAAUUAAGUAAAAUUGAAAUUGAAAGUUAUUUAUAAAGAUAUUGUAGUAAACCUGUUGACAUGCGAUAAAUUCACACUUGAUUCACACAUUACUUUAUAUUAAAUAACUCAGAAAGCCUUGGAGUCUUGCCAGUCUUUUCUUCAGGAGGAAAUGACAUCAUGUGGAGCAGGUCAUGUGAUCUGGAAUUAACACACUUCCUGGAGAGAUGUUUUUGUAAUGGGUAACUUAGUGGAAAGCGAUUUCUUGGAAACAGAUACAUUUGAUAUUUUCCAUAUAAAAUUUGAUAUAUUGCCAAAAAAGAAAACUACGUUAUGAUUCUCUCAACUUAAUAAAAAGAACACAAUCAAAACUAUUUUUGAAAAAGCUCCUUUUAUUAUUGUUUAGUUUAGCUAAUUAGAAGGUGGUUGUUAUUAAAUUCGGACAGUUAUUUAGUUAACAUUUUAGUGAUAUCCAGUCAUUUUUUAUUAAUAAGUCCAUAAUAAAUAAUUAUGGAAUUUGUAAAGACGUGAUCAUAAUGAACAUAAAUAAAAUGUUUAUAUAUUGACCCGUACAUGGUGCAUAGUCCUGCAGUAAAGUGGUGAAAUUAGACUGUCUAAACCAUUUCAUUUAUAUGUUCUGUUUAAACACUACGUGCUUAUGAGCUAUCAUAAAAUUUAACAUCAUCAAAUUAUUUCAUCACGUGCAGGGAUGGGUGACAUCAUAAUGGGAGCACUGACAGCUGCGUUCAGAAGAUUGCGUGCAGUUUUUUAAUUGGUGCUACCCACUCGGAUCUAUAGAAGGAGGCCCCCACAAUCCAGGGCCCCAUGUGUAACUGAAGAGGCAAAUAGGAAGUUAGUCAGUCGGUCAUCCAGUUUGCACUUCUAUUGUAUGUGGUAAAAGGCAACAUGUUUGUGGCUCAUUAACGCUUGAGAAAUGAGUGUCCAAAGCUCAUGAUCUGUUCCUAUAGUCUUGAGAGGUCAGAUCCAAUGGCUGGGAAUAGACUCUUUGUAUUGCACGCGAUGUUACAUUACUUUUGUUUUUCUCUUGUGUCUGACGAGAGAUGGAUUCAGUAAAAUUAGAAUUUCAUUACAAAAGGUACAGAUAAAUGUAAGAAAGUCUACACUUUGCUGAAUUAAUUUGUAGAUUUUUGGUAAUAAUUUAUCAUAUGAACUCAAUAAAAAUCCACAGUUUCAUUUGUCUUUAAUGUUUCAUUUGUGUGGAAAAACCAAUAUUUUAAGUGAGCAGUCAUAGAGAGAUUGAUUCUGGUGUUUCUUGACAUGUUUCAGUCUCGCUGCAGGCUCAGAGUAAAGCAGUCCCAGCAACAACAGACUCUCUUAGAACCAGGGUGGUAUUUUAGCGCUGAUAGGGGUUAAAAGUUUCUAUAAGUAGACUAUGUUUGCCUGUAAUUGGGCCCUGUCAUAAUUGUCCAGGACUUUUAUUCUAUACCACGGGCCUUACAAGUGGACCUCUUUGCUAUAGCACAUGAGCCAGAUUCCGAGCUUUGCGUGCUACGUUUUAUUGGCUGCUUUAGAUCAGAGGCCACUCAGCACAUGUUGACUGUGAUUUGUUAUUCUUAAUGACGGCCACGGUUUAAAUCAUACUGUGAGCUCUGUGGACUAGAACAAAGUGAGGGACAAAGGCACAGUGAGCCACAGCGAGCACAUGGAUCGGGAACAGGGUUGAUGAGGGGGCUGAGGUCUCAUCCUCUGGGUGUGUUUUGUUAAUUAAUCACCACAAACCAAUUUGCUGCUGUAAAGGCCUUGUACAUGGCUACACACAAGCAAACUGGGAAAGAUGCCUUUAAUACAAUAAAUGGCUACAGGCCUUUGCUGUUAUAUGACCUCUGUCUGGCCUCUGAAGUCAAUGUGGGGCUUACAAUCUCUCUACAAUAAGAUUUAUAUAGCAGAAUAACCUUGGAAAUAAGAAUUACUAUACAAUAAACUGACUAAAUGAAUAUUUUAUUCAGCCUGUGUCAAAAACAACUAACUGUAAAUUUGUUUGACAAUAUAUAUUUAGAAAUAAUUUGACUUGUAGUGUUAUUUUGCUAAAAUAGUCAGUAAAAAUGUUGUGUGUUAGGCGUAUUACUGUGCUUGAUGUGACAGGUGAAUGUAAGUUAAAGUGCAUUUGAUAUACCAGUUUUUUUUAUUUGAACACUAUAUUUUUUGUAUUUAUGUACACUGUAAAUGCAAACGCCCUUAUUACAUUAACUGCCUUCAGCUUUGAGUAUGGCACUCAUUCUCCGUGGCAUCAUUUCGAUAAGCUUCUGCAAUGUCACAGCAUUUAUUUCUGUCCAGAGUUGCAUUCAUUUUCUACCAAGAUCUUAUACUGAUGAUGCAAGAGUUGGACUGCUGCACAAAGUCUUCUCCAGCACAUCCCAAAGACUCUCAACGGGCCUGAGGUCUGGACUCUAUGGAGGCCAAUCCAUGUGUGAAAAUGACGUCUCAUGAUCCCUGAUCCACUCAUUCACAAUGUGAGCCUCAUGAAUCCUGGAAUCAUCAUCUUGGAACAUGUCUAUGUCAUCAGGAAAGAAAACCUCCACUGAUGGAAAGACCUGGUCAUUCAGUAUAUUCAGGUAGUCAGCUGACCUCAUUCUUUGGGAACAUAAUGUUGCUUAACCUGACCAACCCCAGAUCAUAGCUCUAACCCCCACAGGCUGGUAGGAACUAGCCAUGAUGAGUGCAUCACUUCAUCUGCCUCUCUUCCUACCCUGAUUCGCCCAUCACUUUGGAACAGGGUAAAUCUGAACUCAUCAGACCACAUGACCUUCUUCCAUUGCUCCAAAGUUCAAUCCUUUUGCUACCUAGAAAACUGAAGCCUUUUUUUCUGAUUAGCCUCCCUGAUCAGUGGUUUUCUUAGAGCAACACAGCUGUUUAGUCCCAAUCCUCUGAGUUUCCUUUGCAUUGUGCAUGUGGAAAUGCUCUUAUUUUCACUAUUAAACAAAGCUAUGAGUUCUACUGUUGAUUUCCUACAAUCAUCUAAGAGUUUGUUCCAACCACAUUUAUUCCUCGACGACGUUGGUUCACCACUAUCCUUCAGGUUUUAAUAAUGCAUUCAACAGUUCUUAAUCUGAUUUUAGUAAUUUCAUAAAUCUCCUUAGUUGUUUUCUUUGCUUGAUGCAGACCAAUAAUUUGACCUUUCUGAGACAGAUUACCAUCUUUUCCAUGACCACAGGAAGUGUCUUCCAACAUGGUUGUUUAAGAAAUGAGACGCUCCUCAUUGCAUCAGCUGGGGGUAAAUAAGUUGUUGCCAGCUGAAACAUAUUCAUCAUUGCAGUAAUUAUCCAAGGCUCUUACCUAUUUGCUUAGUUAAAUCCAAAUGGCCACUAUUUUUUGGACAGGCAGUGUAUGUUACUUAUAUUUCCCAUGGUAAUUGGUUUCCUAUUUACAUAGGUUACCUUAAGUUGUUAGAAUUUUCCAGAGCAACAAACAAAUAAACUUGAUACAUAUUAAUCAAAACAGAAUAUAGUGACAAUAAAUCAUCACUCUUACUAACACAGAUGUCUACUGCAACAUCAGAAGUGAUUACAAAUAGCAUGUCCAGUCAGUUUGUCAUGAUAUAACUAAAUUUUUGUUAAAUAUUUUCUACCAUCAUAUUAAAGCAUUGCAUGUUUAAUUUGUUCAGUUAAUAUUUUCUUUAUUGUGGUUGAAAUACAUACACCGCACCAGUCAUGUUUUGCUUUCUCUUGUUUCUGACGGUAAUGUAAGUACAGCCUUGUAAACCAAUGUUGCAUUUGAGUGAGAAUAAGUAAAUAAAGAAUUAAACACAAA